UCCGACCGAAACCGAAUAUACCCUCGUCGUCUCGCCUGGAUCCCAUUCCUUCCCCUCAAUACCUCCCUCCUGCCUUGCCUUCCCCCAAAUCUCCCAAACCAAAUCCACCACCCCUUCCACGGCGAUGGCCGGCGGCGGCGGCGCGGGCUCCUCCACGGGCGGUGGCGGCGGCGGCGGAGGGGGGCGGGAGGGCGACUGGGACUGCGGCGGCUGCGGCAACCGCAACUACGCCUUCCGGUCCCUCUGCAACCGCUGCAAGCAGCCCCGCCUCCUCGUCGACCCCAACACCCCGCCCGACUCCAAGUGGCUCCCCCGCGCCGGCGACUGGAUCUGCACCGGUUGCAGUAACAAUAAUUAUGCAUCCAGAAAGAACUGCAAAAAGUGUGGCCUGCCGAAGGAGGAAGCAGCAAUGCCAGCAUUAUCAAUGGCAGGAAUGGCCAUGCCAGCUUAUGCAAAUUAUAUUGCUAGGAUGCAAGGCCUUGCUGGCUUUAAGAUGAACAUGAACUUUGGGAUGGCUGGCAAUUCUGCUUUGCAGCAGCAGCUACUUGCAAGUGCAAACUGGCCUUAUGCAUUGGCAGGUAGAUAUGGGAUGCAAUCUGCUGCCUGGCCAUUUGGUGCCAGCAGCACAAAUCAGUUUUCAGCUGCUCCAAAAGACUGGCGUAGUGGUGACUGGCUUUGUAGCUGUGGAUUUCACAAUUACUCAUCUCGCACGCAGUGUAAACAGUGUAAUGCACCUGUACCAUCAGGAAUUCCCUCCACGACAAUGAAAACCACAGUACCAGACACUUCUUCCACAUUAGGUACUAAGCGGUUGGCGUCAGAGGAACUUGCCAAUGACUGGGAUAACAAGAGGCUUAAUCCAGGAAAUGCAAACUACCCGCUUUCGACAACAGGUGCAGAUAAUUUGUUUGUGGGUAUUGAGCAAGGAGCUGGAAGCAGCAAUGGUCAGACACCUUAUUCCAAGUUUGACAAUGGAAACUCAAUAGCAUUGCCUUCUGGACAGGUCUCAGCAAUGCCUGGUCUUAUUGGAAAAGGAGCAAAAUGGCGUGAAGGAGACUGGAUGUGCAGCACCUGCAACAACCACAACUAUGCAUCUCGAGCCUUUUGCAACAGGUGUAAAACUCAGAAAGAGGCAUCGGUUCAUCCCGGUGUGCUAUAGCUUUGCUUGAUAGCCCUUGGUAUGUAGCAUGAAGUUUCCUGGAUCUGUUGGUGAUUAGUAGCUUGGGCGGCCAGGGUUGUUCCAUUUGGGGUUUGAUUCCUUGGUGCUUCAGCUGCUGUUUAAUGCUUGCCCCCCCAGUGCUUUGUUGAAGUUUGGUAUUUAUUUUUGUCGGAGAGCUUGAAUAAAAUGGUUCCGCAAUGCACCAGCCUGCCAUCUGGUUCUUUGGGAAUAAUUUAAUUAGUUCUUUAGUAAUUGGACGGUGAUCUAGACUUGUAAUGUUGGGGUUUUUAUUGCCUUGUGAAUCAAAUGUACCUCCUUGAAGUUUUUGUAAUCCUGUUUCAGUAUUGCUGUAUUAAACAGAAAAUUGUAUGCUGUAAUGCACAUUCAUUUCAUUCGGGACAUAACUUAUGCAGUUUU